AUGAAAUAUAUCAACGAAAAAAGCCCUUUGAAAGGUGAAAAAAAAGUUAACUAUCCAAAAAGCGUUCUCUUUAAAUUUCCUUUAGUUAUUUGCAUCGUUGAAUACGAUGAGAUUAACAAAGUUUUUAAUAUAAUAAGACAUGAUGCAAGGAAAUAUAAAGAAAAUGCAGCGUUAAAUAAAAAAGAUUGUAAUAAGAAAAUGAAUGCUUAA